AUGGCCUUAGCCUAUAUUCAAUGCAACGUGAUGCAAGUCAAAUUUCAGACUCGAUCUGACCAAGAAAGUGCCUUCGCCAAGGUGAAGGAGAGCCAGCGGAUGAGUGACGAGGGGAAGAUGGACCAGGGCGAGGCCGAUGGCAUCAGGAAACGCUGCCGGACGGUUGGCUUUGCCCUGCAGGCGGAGAUGAGCCACUUCCACCAGCAGCGAGAGGUGGACUUCAAACAGAUGAUGCAGGCCUACCUCACGGAGCAGAUAGCCUUUUACCAGCGUGUUGUGCAGCAACUGGAGCGCACCCUGCGCAUGGUGUGGAACGCUCUGACAGAUAAUUAUGGCAAUGUGAUGGCGGUGGACUGGAAGACAUCACACACUCGCUCACUACACCUUCCCACCCUCAACAUCACUGAGCACGAGAAGUUGGACAACCAGUCUCUGGACCUGUCUGACGACGAGGAGCUCAGGGAGCAGAUGGACAUGCACUCCAUCAUCGUCUCCUGCAUCAGCGACGAGCCGCUCUACACGGCCGAACAGGUGAUAGAGGAGAUCGAGGAGAUGAUGCAGGAGUCUCCGGACCCCGAGGACGAUGAGAGCCCCUCCCAGUCCGACCUCUCCAUGCUCUCUCAGGACUUCCACUGCCUGAAGCGCUCCGGCUCCAACACCAGCUACGAGGACCGCCUGCGUCAGCUGUCUGUGUCCGAGCUGACCGAGACUCUGGAGGAAGUGGAGACGGCCAUCCGCCGCUACAGUGAAGAGCUGAUCCAGGCUCUGGCCCUGCGAGACGAACUGGACUAUGAAAAGGAGGUGAAGAACAGCUUCAUCUCGCUGCUGAUCGACGUGCAGAACCGACAGAAGGAGCACCGCGACCUGCUGCGGAAGAAGAAGAAAAUCCGAAGCACGACGACAACCGGGCCCAACGGCCGGAGGACCGCCAGCACGCACAUACCGGGCACGAACCUCACUCUGGAGGGACUCUCCAAUGUCAUUCAAAAUGGCCUCCGUCAAACUUUUGGCUCCACAGGAGGGGACAAACAGUACCUAACCACAGUAAUCCCCUAUGAGAAGAAAGCCGGCUCCCCUCCGGUAGAUGACCUUCAGAUCCUCACAAAGAUUCUCCACGCCAUGAGGGAUGACAGCGAGAAGGUCCCAGCUCUGCUAACAGACUACAUCCUCAAAGUGCUUUGUCCCACGUAAAGCCAGCUUCCUGUUUCCAGAACCAUCCGUAGGACCAUCAGAAGGAGGUUCUGCUAAUCUCGAAGAUAAUGGAUACAAAAUAUGUCUUUCCUCCAUGUUUUUCCAACACAUAGACUUUCUUUCCUUGUGGCAUUUCUGUUUUUUUCUCUGCCACCUUUGUUUUUCCUAAGAUUUUAACUCUAGAUAUAACUCCUCACUCUGUAUAGUUAUUUUCAUUCUUAAUCAGUGCUAGGACCCUGUAUAUCCGGACUGCAUGCUGACUUGUCUAUGAAUGCCAGCAAUCAGUAUUAUUAGUCACUUCCUUAUUGGCCCGUGGCACUUGAAUGGAGAAGGGUCAGGUGUAUUGUAAUCCCUGGGCUUUGUCUUUAAGGGAAAAGCAGUCCAAUCUGUCUGUUUUAUGAAACGCAUUUGUAUCAUCUUAUGCAUUGGGGGAAUACAAAUUCUGUCAAAAUGGCUGAUUGACUGCAUAAUGUCGGGGUUAAGCAUACCCUUUAAUUUAAAAUCCAAACUCGUGAUUUAACUGGUCUUUUGCAUGUUGGUUUUCUGUUAAAGCUCAAUUUUGGCUUUUGGAAUGUUAAAAAUGAAAUAUUUUGUAUACGAUUAAGAGAAAUUGCACAGUUUUUAGGAACUUUUAUUUUUUGAAAGAUUGAAAAAAAGGUAAAACGACGUGAGAAAGUAAUAGCUGGAUGAGCAAACUUGUAAAUCAUAUUUUUGGAGAUGGAAUUGUUUUUAAAGUGAGAUUAGGGACUUUCCACCUUUUGUGACCACACAGCAACACCAUUUUGUAAAUGCUGUCCAUUGACCUCUGAGCCCUCGAGUAGCGACCUCCCCCCCAACAACUUUAUCACUUCCCCAGAAAGUCGUCAUAACAAUGCGUCUAAAAAAUACCUCGUAUAAAAUGUUCGCAUAAGUAGAAAACGUAUCAUUUAGGUAAAUAGUGUUGUUAACAUUAGGUUUGAUAAUUGUGUAGUUAAUCUUCUGUUAUAAGUGGGUUUUCUCUGACUGUUAACCCUUUAACUGUUGUGGUAGCACUUUAGUCUAUCAGUGAUCUGGUCAUGUAGUAGUGGAAUAUUUGGUGAAUUUAUGAACAGUACGUCUCGCUAGAUUAGCGUUAGCUAGCAGUGCCAAAACAUGAAGGGUUGUUGUCAUGCGUCCAACUGUUUACCCUGCAAGUCUUCACAAGGAAUUAAACCAGCCUUAAAGGGGUACUCCACUGAUUUUACACCUUAAACAUUUCAUUCAGAGCACUACUCACCCUGUAAAAACAGUUAAAAAGUUUGUCGUCUACAUUUAGGAGUAGAUUUUCUAAGGAAAUGACCCAAUGAUGUCAUGGUGAUGUCAUCAGGUUCAUUUUGAUUUGGGCCUGAAACUACGACACAACAACCUUUGUUACAAACUCAGUGCACCAACGGAUUAACUAAACCAAAACACUACAGAGUUCCAUUAUGGGAAAUGUAGGAUCCAGUGAGUGUUUUAGCUCGGCACAUGGUACGGACUAGAAGUCAGAACAUUUCUAACAUCUAUAGGCUCUUAUUUUUGUGUCUAUUGCAAGUCUACCAUCAUUAGAAAAGUGCCAUACUUAAUCACUGGAGCGCCCCUUUAAAACCUUGUACCGCCAACUAGCACAGCGUAUGUGUCGCUACGCUAACGUUCAGAUAACCAGCUACUACCGGUGCACCACCCAGCGUCAACAUCAGGUCCAGUCUAGCUCUCAGGUACGAUCAUCAGUGUUACUAGUUUAAAAUCUUCCUCUGAAAGGUACUAACAUUCCUGAGUCUUUGUAAUGUUUUGGCAACAGGUAUAUUAGCUAGACUCUGCUGCACUUCUAUCUACAAAUGAUACCUGGAUGAGCCAGUGGAGUUAAUUAUCUUGACUAAACCAGGUUAACAUUACAGAUGUUGAUAAUGUCGUGAUUUGUCACUUAAUUUAGUCCUAGAAUAAGCUUAGUAAUGAUAUUAGUAGUAGUGGUAGGUGUAGCUAGCAUUUAAGCGGCUCAGUAGCAUCCACUUGGUGUAGCAGUUUAGCGACGAUAACGCAUCUAAACUUUGUAGGAAAAGGUGAAACUGUUAUGAAAAAAGGAAUUUACUUCACUGGUUUAAACAUUCUUAAGCAUGUUUCUCAUGCAUGCUUCCAGGUGAAAAUGGUGUAGGAAGAUGACGAAGGGGUGUGAUAAAGUUAGCAAACAUUUGGGAAGAGUGCACAACCGGUUGCUGAAAUUCGAGGGGUCCAUUUUUAUCUUUUGUAAAAGAAAACAAAAGCUUGCAGUGCUAUAUUUAACUAUUUAUAUGUGACUGUUGUUUCUGCUGUUCCCAGCUUUGUACACAUUUUUACCCUAGCAUGUGCUACAAGCACUUUACUGCUGCACACACAUUUCUAAGAAUGGUUAAUUUGUUUACAGAGGUAUAACGAUCACACUAAAGGGACAAGUGCAUGUCAAAAAUUGAAUGCAUAAAGCAUUAAUUCAAACUAUUUAGAAGAUAUCGAAAAAGGGCAUUUAUACAAAAAAUUGUUGAUCCUUGUCUUUUAAAAAGCUUAAAUAACCUUUCAUUUUAUAACGAAACGGAAAGUCACUGGAGGCUCUGGAUCCCAUCUCAGGCCAUAAAUCUGUUAGCGGACAUAUCAGUGUAACUACAAUUUAGAGAUCUAUAUUUAUACAUGCACGACAGAACAAGCAAACGGAAAAAGGCUGCCUUUGUAAAUGCCUAAACAUUUUUGUACAUUAAACCAUAUCCUUUUUGUUUUAAUGCAAUAUAAUUCCCCGAUUGGAGGUUUUAUGUUUACCGUCUCAUGUGGUACUGCAGUAUAUUAAUUUAUUAUGUAAAUGUUCAGUUUUGUUACCAUAUUAUUGACUGUAAUGGUACAAGUGUUUUGUGCCCACAUUGCAUUGCAACUCAAUUGAAAAUAAAUGAAUAUGUGAACACUG